UUGUGGUGCACAGAACACAUGAUGUGAAUAUUUACCCUAGAUAUCUAUGACAUUUACCUUCUUUAUCUCUGAUAUUUACUAAAGAAAUGAAAAAUAAGGAUGCCGAAAAAUAUAAUCCAUGUUUAAAAGAAAUGGAGUUGACAUACAAAUGUUUUAAUGAUAAUGAUUUUAAUAAAUCACUUUGUGUGUUGCAGAUAGAAAAUUACAAAUCUUGUAAAGGAUUCUGGCAUUCUGUUCAGGCUCAAAGAAGGAAAAAUGGAAUAAAACCAUAUUUGCCUCCUGUUGAAGACAGAGAGAAAAUUAAAAAAGAUUAUUUUAACUCUAUUAAUAAAUAGUUUUACUUAUUUAGGUGUAUUUAAACAAAUAUAUUUUUCAACU